UUGCUUAACAGGUCCAAAGUUCACUUAAAGUUUGGCCGAUAAACAAAACCAAUAAAAGACUUUGUAGUCGAAGCAUAACCAGGGAGAAUCGAGCCCAGCCUCCUCCUUUCAUUGCAUCCUGUAUGUUGUGUUAGCCUUCCCACUGAUUUGCAUGAGUUAUAUUGCCCAUUGAAGGAGAUCAUGGCCAGUUAGACUGAGCAGACUCUCAGCAGUGAGAUUCUCUGUAAGCACAAGAGGAACAGGUGCUCUGGGACAAGGGGAUUCCAGAUCCCUUGAUUUUAUUUUUUCCUCCCCUAUCCCUUUUCCUUAUUUUCUUUCAUCUAAAAUGGUAUCCAAGCUAUCGCCUUUGCAGCAGGAACUCCUCAAUGCUCUCCUCAACUCUGGAGUAACCAAAGAGGACCUGAUCCAGGCCUUGGAAGACAUGAUCCCCAGCCCAAGCUUUGGGGUGAAGCUGGAAAACUUGCACAUGUCCCCGGAACAUGAGGCUGACAGUAAGCCUGUAUUCCACACUCUCACCAAUGGGCACCACCACAAGGGCAAGCUCUCCGGGGAUGAGGGCUCAGAGGAUGGAGAUGACUUUGAUACCCCUCCAAUCCUAAAAGAACUGCAGUCCCUCAAUACGGAGGAGGCAGCAGAGCAAAGGGCAGAAGUGGACAGGAUGUUGAGUGAGGAUCCAUGGAGAGCUGCAAAAAUGAUAAAGGGUUAUAUGCAACAGCACAAUAUUCCUCAAAGAGAAGUGGUGGAUAUUACCGGCUUAAACCAGUCCCAUCUUUCCCAACACUUAAACAAAGGGACACCAAUGAAGACCCAAAAACGUGCUGCAUUGUACACUUGGUAUGUGAGGAAACAAAGGGAGAUAUUAAGACAAUUCAACCAGACAGUCCAAGGCUCUGGAAAUAUUGCAGACAAAAACAGUCAGGAUCAGCUGCUGUUUCUCUUUCCAGAGUUUAAUCAGCAAAAUCAAGUGCCAGGACAGCCCGAGGAUUCUUGCUCGGAGCCCGCCAACAAGAAGAUGAGGCGAAAUCGUUUCAAAUGGGGGCCUGCAUCACAGCAUAUUCUUUACCAAGCCUAUGAAAGGCAAAAGAAUCCCAGCAAAGAAGAAAGAGAAGCUUUAGUGGAAGAGUGUAACAGAGCGGAAUGUCUUCAGCGUGGUGUAUCUCCUUCUAAAGCUCAUGGCCUUGGAUCAAAUUUGGUAACAGAAGUCCGUGUUUAUAAUUGGUUUGCAAACAGAAGGAAAGAGGAGGCUUUUAGACAAAAACUAGCUAUGGAUGCCUAUAGUACUGGCCCAUCACACCCACACAACUUGAAUUCUCUACUGUCACAUGGAUCACCACACCAUACGCAACCAAGCACUUCUCCACCAAGUAAACUGCAAGGGGUAAGAUAUAAUCAACAAGGAAACAAUGAAGUUACUUCAUCGUCAACCAUCAGUCACCAUGGCAGCAAUGCUAUGGUGACCAGCCAAUCUGUUUUACAGCAAGUUUCUCCAGUGGGCUUGGAUCACAGCCACGGCAUGCUUUCACCUGAUGGCAAACUGAUAUCUGUUUCUGGAGGAGGAUUACCGCCAGUGAGUACACUGACCAAUAUUCACAACCUGUCCCAGUCUGUUCAUCACAAUCCUCAGCAAUCUCAAAACCUUAUCAUGGCACCAAUCUCCGGAGUGAUGGCAAUUACGCAGAAUUUAAACACCUCUCAGGCGCAAAGUGUUCCUGUUAUCAACAGUGUUGCAGGGAGCCUGGCAGCUUUACAAUCUGUACAGUUUUCACAGCAACUACAUAGUCCACAUCAGCAGCAACUCAUGCAACAGUCCCCUGGGCACAUGGCACAACAGCCAUUUAUGGCCACUGUCACUCAGCUUCAGAAUUCACACAUGUAUGCACACAAGCAAGAGCCUCCCCAGUAUUCCCACACAUCUCGUUUUCCUUCAGCCAUGGUUGUCACAGAUACUAGCAGCAUCAGCACAUUAUCAAACAUGUCUUCCAGUAAACAGUGUCCUUUGCAAGCAUGGUGAUGAACAAUAUUAUCCAAGUAUUUCAUAUUUUUGCUCCUGAAGUCUUCUGCUGCUUGUUGCUGCUCACAGGAAUAAUACCAAAAGGCCCUUAAUGUUGUACCUCUAAUGUUGGAUGUACCACAUGUGCUUAAGUACACUUGCAUUGCAGUCCCUUUUGCAGUAUUUCCAGGAAGAGCAUUCAAGGCCAAAGUAUUUUCCUUAAAUAAACAACUGGGAACAGAACAAAUUUUUGUGGGAAAACCACAAAGGAAGACUAAAGAUAAACGGACAGCUAAAAACUGAAUGUAGAAAUCUAUGCAUACAUUGAACUGAGCCAAUGUAAAUAUCUUUUUAUUAAGACAUGAAAACAAAAUAUUUCUUUAUAAGAAGGUAAUUUGUUGAAUAAUUGUAAAAAUGUAGAAAAGUGCAAUUUUUUGUACAUAUUAUAAAAAAAAUAAUGCUUGGGCCCAUUUGUUUGCUCGUUUUUUUUUUUUUUUUUAACCAAAAAGGUCAAUGAUCCAAAAGAGGACAACACAUUUCACCCACUGGAUAUACUAAAUAUGUGCUGUUUUAAAAAUAUUUUUUUGUGUUUGUGUAUAUGAGAUGUAGGUGGAACAUACUCUAUAAUAGUACAGUUUCUCCACAAAAUAAUGGAAGUAACACAACAGUUCAUAAGUCUGUUUAAUUUGUCAAUAUUUGCCAGUCAUUAACACAUAACUUUUCCUAACUUUUCCUAACAUAACUAGUUUUUUAAAAAAAUAAGCAUUGCAAAAUAUAUAAAGAUUUCUGCUUAUUAAUGUUUUUUCCCAGGAAAACUUAUUUCUUGUUACAAAGCAUGCUACAUUUCAGGAGACUAUUUCCAAUAUAGUACAUAUGGAUGUUGACAAAUGUACCAGGUCAUAUUGGUAUGCUUUUUUUAGGCUUAACAAAAUGCUCUUGGCCCAUGGUACAAAAAAACUGUAUGAGGACUUACUGUAAAAGCCAAAAAUUUAAGACCCCACUUCUGUUGUUGUGGUUGAGGUCUGCUGCUGUUUUACAAAAUGCUUGGUAACAUAAGUCACAGUCGAUGUCUGAC